AUGACCCCUCAACAAUUCCUUGCUCCGAGUUCAAGACAAGCAGUGUGCAUGCUGAAGAUGGCCCACAGUCGAGACUUGUACGUGGGAGACUGGAAACUCAAGGGGCAUUUGCUCGAAAACGAACGGUUGCUGGUGCAGGUCGAGGUUCGCAGCUCUAUAUGGGUCAACAUCGUCGUCGUCGAACAACAAUCGGCAUGCACUCCUCAAUCAUCUGAAGAAAGCUGGAGGACUCUGCUGUUUGACUGGUUCCUUGGCCGAAACCAACAGCCUGCACCAGACGCCAAGGCAAGCGAGACGCUCCUGCUCGAGAUUCUCAGGUCGUGCGACGUGCGCUACCAGGAUGUGCUCCCGCAGUUUGGCAACACUCUGUUCUUGGCCGACGUUGACACCCAUGGCCGGCCUACCGUGAUCGAAGAGGCAGAUGCGACCAUUAUUGACGCCCUGCCUACGGCGGAAGUUCUCUUCGGCAACAAGGCCGUCUCGCUGCCAAUCAUCCCGAAAUCCGAGCUCCGCGUUCAGGCUGUCAACGGCACCUUCUUCCUCCCCCAAACAAGGCCCGUCUCGUACCAUGGGAAGACUCUCGUGGCCAAGGGCCCGGCAUCCGCCGCCAGGACCCUCGAUGACCUCAGGGACGCCGUGAAUCUCUCGUCGCUACAGUCGGGCCGUCCGCAUCCGAAUAUCCUCCCACCGCCGACCGCUCUCGUGCGGCUCUCCGACGACGACGAAAGGAUAUGUGGCUUCCUCAUCCCGUUCUACGAGAAUGGGAACCUUGAUUCUUAUGCGCGGAAACUCCGCCGUGCCGACGAGCUCACUCCCGAUAUCCUUUGGGCUUGGUUUCGCCAGCUCCUUUCGGCCACCAAGUUUCUUAUCGAUGCUGAGACAUGGCAUGGGGACAUCAAGCCCGACAACAUUGUCGUCGACUCGUCGGGGGCAAUCGUGCUGAUCGACAUGGCCAGAAAAUAUACCACCACUUCCAUCGCGAGCCCGGAGGUGAUGAAAGCGGCUAAAGAACGUGGCAGCCUCGAAGUGCCAGCUGACUGGCCUAUGGAGGCCAUUGAGAAGUCUGAAGUCUACUCGAUUGGGAGGACUAUUUUCUUCAUCUCGGAAGGCAUUGCAAUGGAGGACAUCUAUAACAAUCCGAGGAGCCCCCAGGCGUCCCAGACGUCCUUUACCGACACAAGCUCGACGCCUGCCGAUCUCAGG